AAAAAAUAGUAAUUGUUUUUAAAAAAAAGGGAAAAUCAUUGAAGAGAAAAAUGAGCGAGGGGCUGAGGAAGAAGGGCAUCUACGGAGCUACGGCGGCGAAAAGUAUCUCCGAUGAUCGGAGAUCCGCACCUCCGCCACUGGAGACAGCAGCGAGCUUACUUUCUUUGAAUCCUGCUUCCCCGCCGAUGAAGAAAGCGGUCAUCAAAAGUGCCGACAUGAAGGAGGGUAUGCAGAAGGAGGCUAUCGACAUCGCCAUCUCCGCAUUUGAGAAGUUCAGUGUGGAGAAGGAUAUAGCCGAGCAUAUAAAGAAGGAGUUUGACAAGAAGCAUGGAGUUACUUGGCAUUGCAUCGUUGGUCGCAACUUCGGUUCAUAUGUAACACAUGAGACGAACCAUUUUGUGUACUUUUACCUCGACCAGAAAGCGGUUUUGCUGUUCAAGUCGGGUUAAAACCCAAGAACGAGAAGAACGGUAAAAAGAGCAGAAAAAAACGAAAUGUUCAUCACUGAGUUCCCAUGAUCACAUUGUAGUUAGUCCUUGUACGUAUGUAUGUGUGUAUGCCUUCACCAAAUUCCGGCAUGAGAUGAGAUUGAACCAUUCAUGCAAACCUGGACUGUUUAUAUUUGGUGUUACACUUGCUGUUAUCAUGUUUGAACUUAGCUUUUAGAAAAUCGGCGUUUUGGGUAUGCCUUGUUGUUGUGUUCUUCUUUAGGCAAGGUGGUCUAUACAGGUUAGGUCCCAUUUCCAGAGAUAUAAUCUUAUGAAUCUUUUGUUUGACGGAUUUGAAAUUUUUUAUGUUUGUUUGUAAGUUUUACCUUGUGAUUAAGGGUGGUCAUCUCAGGUUUUGGUU